AUGGAAUCGAAUAAAUUGAAAAGAUCACAAUUGCUAACUGAAAAUAAGAUCUAUCGUUUAUUAAAGGAGUCAACUGGAGUACCGAAUAUGUACUAUUAUGGAAAUCAGGGUAAUUAUCGUGCUAUAGUUUUAGAUCUAAUGGGACCGUCGCUUAAAUCGUUGCUCAGGACUUGUAAAGGACAUUUUUCAUUAAAAACUAUUUUAAUGCUAUUCAAUCAAAUGUUGGAUCGUGUCGAGGAUCUUCAUUCAAAAUCUUAUGUCCAUCGAGAUUUGAAACCUGCAAAUUUUGUUAUAGGCGUUGGUGAUCAAUCUCAAACACUACACUUGGUUGAUUUUGGUUUGGCUCAAUUGUAUCGCAAUCCGACUACCAACGAACAUGUACCCAAUGAGCGCAAAGAGUUCGCAGGAACAUUGGUAUAUGCAUCGAUAAAUUCUGUUAAAAACUUAGCACAAAGUAGAUGCGACGAUUUGGAAUCAAUAGGUUAUUUGUUGAUACAUUUUCAUCGUGGAAAAUUACCUUGGUAUGAUCUAGUGGCCUGUGGGCCCAUGCAAAAAUUUGAGAAGAUGACUGAAUUGAAACUAAGCAUACCGAUCGAGAAACUUUGCACAGGACUUCCAGAUGAGUUCAGUUACUAUAUAUGUGGCGUAUACAAAGAGAUAUUAGAUUUUACAUUAGAUUAG